AUAUCAUAAGCCACUUAUCGCGCAGUUUGCAUUGUAUUCCAAUCACUACAAAAAUUCAUUCUCUAGUCUUUUAGGCUCACUUUCACUGCCAUGUUCACGAAGUACGCUUCGCGAUCCUUCUUGCUGAGGACAAGGAAGUUUUCCUCGAAACCAUGUCCUGGGCCAGCCGCUGUAUCGAAGAGGGACGACUAUUACAAAACGUUGGCCGAGGAUACGAACGAGUCCAAACCACCAGGUUGGGAUUCUGCGCUUCCAUAUGAAAAAAUUCCCGGCCCCAAGCCGCUGCCUAUUGUGGAGAAUUUGCGGAGGUUGCUGCCAGUUGUUGGAGAACUACACAAAUCUCCCAUCUUGAAGAUGUUGAACCAAUCCAGGGAACAAUAUGGGGAUGUGGUGGUUUCGAAAGAUAUUCUUGGAAAGCCGGACUCUGUAUAUAUUUAUAACGUCAAGGACAUCGAAAACGUUCUCAGAAAUUCAGGGAGCUAUCCAGUGAGGAAAGUUAUAGACAUUUUUGUGUAUUACCGAACAGUUGUUAGAAAAGACAUAUUUCAAGAUUUCGGAGGAAUUUUAACGGUACAAGGCGAAGAUUGGUUCAGAAGCAGAUCAGUUGUCAAUCCUAUUCUCAUGCAGCCAAAAGCCAUCCAUCCGUACAUGACAAGGCUUGAUGGAGUAGCAGGGGAGCUAGUAGAGAAUAUGAGGCAUUUCUCGAGGCUCAACGAAAACCAUCAGAUGCCGGACGAUUUCGAGAACGAGCUGUACAAGUGGGCUCUGGAAUCAGUCGGUAUCAUGGCUCUCAAUAAGCAUUUCGGUUGUCUGGAUUUGACGACACCGGAAGAUUCCGAUCCGAAGAAACUAGUCAGUGCCAUUUUAGAUAUGUUUGACCACUUGUUUCUCAUCGAAAUAGCGCCACCGCUCUGGAAGUUAUUCAGUACGCCGUUGUACAAGAAAUUCGUCAAAAAUUUGGAUUUCGUGAACAGCGUCAUUAUAAAGAGCAUCGACGAAGCUUUGGCUGAACCCAUCGACGAGUCGGUGCCCGAACACGAGCUAAGUAUCCUUCACAGACUUGGGAAACGAGACAAAAAAGUGGCCUUCACCAUGGUGAUGGACAUGCUGAUAUUCGGAGUGGAUACGACCGGCAAAACCUUAGGGGCAAUACUCUACUUCUUAGCAAAGAAUCCGGAGAAGCAAGCCAAGCUGCGGGAGGAGAUUUUUAAAGUAAUUCCUGAGAAAGACUCCAAUAUUACAGCAGAGAGAUUGGAAAAGUUAUCAUACUUGAGAGCUGUAAUAAAGGAGUCCACCAGGAUUGCUCCGGUUACUAUUGGAUCUUUCAGGACUACGGUGAAAGAUCUUGUUCUAGGAGGUUAUCAGAUUCCAAAAGGGACUAAUAUAACGGUGGUAUCGAUUUGCACGUCGAAUUCUUCGGAACACUUCAAAGACCCGGAAAAGUUCGUACCAGAACGUUGGCUGCGAGAAAUAGAUGACGAUUACUCCAAAAAUGUGAAUCCAUUCGCAAGUCUGCCAUUUGGAUUCGGGCCCAGAAAGUGUGUCGGCAUGAGAUUUGCCAAUUUUGAGCUAGAGUUGGUUCUCAUGAAGAUUAUAAGGAAUUUCGAGUUGUCCUGGGAACAUUCCGAUAUGGAGUUUGCUUCACAUUUGUUGUACGGAAUAAGCAAUCCAUUGAAAAUCACUGUGAAAGAAGUGACUAGAUGAAAAAUGUAUUAUGUACCUACUACUUAGAAUUUGGAUUUAAUAAAAUUAGGGUAAUUUUCA